AUGUCACCGACAAUACAGAUCAUUUCCGCGACAGGCUCAUAUUCCUGGUAUGAUACCAGCGGGCUUGGGAGGCUUGAUGUACAUGCGAAAGAAUUGUUGAAGCUCGAGGCCAAAUAUCUCCGCUGUUCACUCGAGCCCGAACACCCCGUCCAGCCGAACAAUAUCUACAAAGACUUUGAAACGAAAGCGGCACAGAUAAAGGCACGGCUGCAGACAAGCGAUUCUUAUCUGCGUACGGACGAGAAGAUCAGGAAGAAUCUUGAAGCCUUGGAGCAUGAGCCUCGGCUUCUCGAACGCAUGUACGAGGGGUUCUCGAAAGUUAUUCCCGCAGCAAAGGUCUGGGAGGAUUGCAAAUAUAAGGAAAUGGUCAUUUUCACUUUGCAGCGAUUUGGCCCCGCUUACGCAAUUCUUAUUGUUUGUAUUUUCGGCAUAAGCGGUCGGUAUGGACGUAUGUAUAUCACGUCCACUCAACUCGCCAAGAUUGUCCAACGAAUUGGUCGCGAUGUGGGUUCAAAUCAGAAUGCCUUAUAUUGUCCAGGUCUAGAAAUCUACUGGCACACAUUGAUCAAGGAAAAGACUACCUUUACUCGCACCAAUUCGUCACGUGAUCGCAGAACGGAAAUCCCGUCAGGUGCAGAUUUGGCAAGCGACUCGGAGGCAGCCGUUUCCCACUGUAGCGGCCGUAAUUGGCAUGCUACUGUCAUGAACACAGGAGUAUACCACCCGUCUUCCUUCCCUUGGGGUACUAGGAAAAUGCUGCUUCUAGUUCUCAUACAUGUUAUGGGAAGCAGCCGUAUUCAGCUGGACACUCUGCGAAGGGCGCUAUUACCCCAAUACCGAUGGAGUCAAAGUGGUAAUCGAACAACGGCUUCCCGAGCAGACAUGAUGUGUUUUCAGGAACUUUUCGCCAACGAAUGUACCUUUGGCGAGGAGAUUCAGGCUUGUUCCAACGAUGGUCUGAUCAAACUAUUCAAAGCCGAAGAUGGCACUCAACUUUAUACCUUGGAUUGCGAUUUGGAGAGCUAUUUCCGCAGUUACCCGCAGCCCUUGUUGGUGGCUCUCUUCGCACAUAUAGGAUACAUCUAUCCGCGCGACGACACCUUUGAAGAGACCUUCUAUACAGCAGGGAAGCUCUUAAUGCCAGCGAUGGAUAAGCUAUGGGAAUACAUUCAGAAACGUGAUGUUCUAGAUCUGCCAUCCAAUGUCAAAGGAAGCUUUAUGGAGGCGUCCUUAUCAGCUUGCAAGGUGACAAAUCAUACGCAUGCGGAGUACAUUGUAUCGAUAUUACGUACGCUGCAUGAUUCUUCAGUAUCUCUGUAUGUGGAGGCUGUGCUUACCUGGCAGGAGAGCGCUUUGCUCCGGCGGAAGGGGGACAUUCAGGGGUCGGAAACUGUUUUAGACAAAAUCUUCCAUGAGAUUUCGAAAUAUCCGAGCCCAGAUUCAGACGUCAGAUCAUAUUGUGCGUAUGGUCGUCUAUUCUUCUCGCGAGCGGAGAAUGCGAUAAUGCGCAAUGAUUUUGAUCGCGCAUGGGAACAGCUGGACCGGUGGGAGAGCAGGAGUCAUUCUACGUCAAUGAUGGAACUCAAAGCUGCCCGACUCUUCAAUACCGUCUUUGGGAGAGUUGCUAGAUACGCAGGAAAGUUCUCCGAGGCUCGAGAAUGUUUUGAGCGUUGCCUGCAUGAUGGUGACCCCAGUUACCGCCAUAUUCAAUUUCACCUCGCUGACAUGUAUUGUGAGCUGGGACACAAUAAGCAGGCUCGAGAUCUGCUCUAUCGUGAUGUCGAGCGGCUGAGGCAAACGCAAAGCCAACGACUGAAAGCAUUUAGGCGCCUCGCACUCCCACUUGCGGAGGCCCACAUCAACCUAGGACAAUUUGACGCUGCAAGGAAUACCCUGGGGGCGGCACUGAAGGCUUAUGAGAAUAUACAGAAUCACGAUAUGACCGACCAACUGGGCCAUGUCCGUACACUCGUCAGCCUAGCACGAAUCGAUUGGUACGAAGGCCAGUAUUUAUGCGCCGAUGGGACACUCAAGCGUGCGGUAGACCUCAUUGAAGCAUACUCAACAUUCAUCCCUCUUGGGUUCGACUUUGCAUUCAUCAACCUUUUCCACUCCGCAGUGAAAAGAGCGCUAGCCAUGUCCCUUGCUACUGGGUUCGUGUUCCCUGCAGCAACGCACGUAUUCGUCCAACUUGUCCAACACCUUCCAGAUAUCGCUCGGCAUAAGGCAGGCAUCUUCAAAUCUGGUUGCCGAGCUUUCUCGGCGCCCCAGGAGGCAGAGGUCACCAAGGUCCUUGAGCAGCGUGCGCGUGAGCUCGAAAAUGUGACUUUGUCAGUUGUUGAGCCCGAUUCAUCGCUAUGA